AUGCAACGGGCCUCGGCUGGUAGCACUGCUAAUCCAGUUGCUUCGAGAGCACCUACCUCAGCACUGUCAAUGAAUAUCCGCGCUGCCAGUAUAUCCUCGAGUACCACUGCCGUUUUCACGUGGCCGGUGUAUAAUGUGACCGUGGAAGAGAAUGCUCUUGGCAAGGAUGUUUAUGCGAUCUCAAAUGAACCAGUUCGUAUGGGUGUUCCACUGCCAACUGAUGAUUCUGUCGUUAAAUUCAAAAUUGUCGAAGGUGAUAAGCAGUCUUUCAAGGCUGAAGCAAAAAUUGUCGGUGAUUUUGCAUUCUUGCGCAUCCGACAUCGAAACGAUGGCACACUGAAUCGGGAGCUAAAAGUAUGUUCAUGCUAUCUUCAAAAUCGCUCUGGAACUGUUGCUUGGUGCUAA